GUCUGUGCGCGCUCCCGAGCCAUCCUCAGUGAGUUGGGGCAGCGCGGUCUCUAUUCAGACACGCCGAGCGGUUCAACCGGCAAAAAACAGGCGUACGGCGCUGUUUAAUUCGCAGUUUAAACGGAUACCGACAACUCCGGGCGAUGGCGAGCGGCGGUUUGGACGGUUUCGGUGCCGGUUCAGCACGCGAAGACUGAAAGACACGGCUCGGUGAGAUGCGUUGAAUAAAGCGAGGAGGACUCAGCUCAGCUCAGCUCGGCUCGGCUCGGCUCUUCUCUCCUAGUUUGGCUAGCAGACCCUGCCCAUUUCCAGUGGUUUGGGGUUUUGGAAGCGGCUGACCAGCAUGCUUCUUCUAGCCGGGGUUUGACUUGGCUCGUUAUGGAUGUAUGUCUUCAGGCUUUUAGUUAAAAAUAGUCGUCCUUGCAGAAGCAUGAAGUGGACUUUACAUCUUCAGAUGAAGAUAUAAAACCUCUUUCAGAAAUCACUCUUAACUUGUAGCUGCUAUUCAACGGCUGUUCCUCUUUCCUUUUGACAACAGACGUGGUUGCUGAGCCCACAUGACAUUGACUGGAUGGACGUUGAACACCAGUGAAUAAGGCUUUAGUUCAAAUACGUCAGAUUUUAUUGAACAUCUGUUAUCUUUUACUUUAAGAAAGAGCUCUGGACGUACACAGCCCCUUUGUUAGUGACCACUGAUUCUCUGGAAGGAGGGGAAGCAGGAAAAAAACAACGGUUGCUGCUUUUUGGAGUGCCUGGCAAGCCAUCUGCGUUCACCAGAAACACCUGAAACAGAAAUGGCGAACGACUCAAUUCAGAGUGACCCCGGUGGGUUGUCUGUCCUGGAGCAGCUCGGCCUGGACCACAGCUCAGACUUCUCAGACUCAAGCGUGCAGCAGCGGCUGGACGAGCAGCGUGAGCGAAUCCGCCGCGAGAUCCGUAAGGAGUUAAAAAUAAAGGAAGGUGCGGAGAAUCUGCGCCGGGCCACCACCGACAAGCGCAAUGCUCAGCAGGUGGACAGCCAGUUGCGCAGCUCCAACCGCCGCCUUGACUCGCUCCACGCCCAGCUGCAGGAACUCGAUGCCCAUAUUGUUGUCAAGGGAACUGACGACACGCGAGAUGAUGUACCCCAGUCUCCAGGGGCAGAGAGUCGAGCAUCUGCUCAUCAGGAACGCAUUGCAGCCCUGGAGAGACAGCUCAACAUUGAGCUCAAAGUCAAGCAAGGGGCCGAAAACAUGAUCCCAAUCUAUGCCAAUGGCUCUACAAAGGAUAAGAAGAUGCUACAGACGGCCCAGCAGAUGCUUCAGGACAGCAAAACUAAGAUCGACAUCAUCCGCAUGCAGAUCCGUAAAGCGGCGCAGGCCUAUGAACACAACGAGGACACGCAGGGUAAGCCUGACCCGUGUGGAAUGGAGCUGAGGAUUGAGGAGUUGAGGCAUCAUUACCGAGUGGAGCAUGCUGUGGCUGAGGGAGCCAAGAAUGUACUGAGGCUACUGGGAGCCAGUAAAGUGCAGGACAAGAAGGCCAUGUCAGAGGCUCAGUGUCGUCUGAGUGAAUCCUCACAGAGGCUGGAUUUGUUGAGGGAUUCUUUAGACCAGCGUCUGGCUGAGUUGCCUGAGGAUCACCCUAAAGCGUGUUUAAUUAAAGAGGAGCUGGUUCUGGCCUCCUCACCCGCUUUCAGCUCCAGACAUGGCGCCCCCUACAUGCACAACAAGUACAGCACUCUCUCCAAACCAUCACCGCUCACUGGCACGCUGCAGGUGACAAUUCUGGGCUGUGUGGGCGUGAUGGAGGUGGUUCCGGGUCGUUGCCGUGGCAGCCCGGUGGUAUUGCCUUGCUAUAGUCCGGGUGAGGGUCGCUCGUUUAUGCGCAGCGGGAAGGGUCUUUACAGCCGCAGCGGCAGCGUGAGCGGCAAGAACACGCUCAAAACAGAUGAACUGUCCUCGGAGGUGAGUGCAGUGCUGAAGCUGGAUAACUCUGUGGUGGGCCAGACGGCAUGGAGGACUGUAGGAGAACAGGCCUGGGAUCAGACGUUCACUAUAGAGCUGGAGAGGAGCAGAGAGAUGGAGAUUGCAGUGUACUGGAGAGAUUACCGCUCUCUGUGUGCACUGAAGUUUCUGAAGCUGGAGGACUUUCUAGACAAUCAGAAACACCGAGUUCAGCUGGAGUUAGAACCACAGGGCCUGCUGCUGGCUGAGGUAACGUUCUUUAACCCUGUUAUCGAGAGGGUUCCACGCCUUAAAAGACAGAAGAAAGUCUUCUCUAAACAGCAGGGUAAAGCGUUCCUGCGUGCUCGUCAGAUGAACGUGGACAUUGGCACCUGGGUGCGGCUUUUAAGAAACGCUAUUCCAACAGUUAACAACACAGGAACCUACAGUCCGAGUUCAGCUCACACAAUACAGUCUGGGGAGAUCUCUGUGGAGAAGCUGAGUCUGGACUGUGACUCUCCCGUGAGAGUGGACCUCAGGAGAGACGUUACAGAUGCACACACUCCAGAGAGGCAGCCUGCCACUGAGCCUUGCCCUCCUCAAGAACCUUCUACACCUCAGCGAAACAGCAGAACACACUCACUCAGCGGUAAACAGAAAAAGACACCAUUGGGGCUGCAGGACUUCAGAUUGAUCGCUGUGCUCGGUAGAGGCCAUUUUGGCAAGGUGUUGCUGGCGGAGUAUAAGAAGUCAGGCACUAUGUACGCUAUCAAAGCACUGAAGAAAGGAGACAUUGUGGCCAGAGAUGAAGUGGAGAGUCUGAUGUGUGAGAAGCGGAUCUUUGAGAUCGUCAACAGUUCUCAGCACCCGUUCCUGGUGAAUCUGUUUGCGUGUUUCCAAACGCCUGAGCAUGUGUGUUUUGUAAUGGAGUACACAGCCGGCGGGGACCUAAUGAUGCACAUCCACGCUGACGUCUUUACUGAGCCACGUGCUGUGUUCUACGCUGCCUGUGUUGUGCUAGGCCUUCAGUUUUUACAUGACCAUAAGAUUGUAUAUCGGGACCUGAAGCUGGACAAUCUGCUGCUUGACACGGAUGGAUAUGUGAAAAUAGCUGACUUUGGACUGUGUAAAGAAGGUAUGGGGUAUGGGGACCGGACGAGUACGUUUUGUGGAACUCCAGAAUUUUUGGCUCCAGAAGUUCUGACAGACACGUCUUACACACGAGCAGUAGACUGGUGGGGCCUCGGAGUCCUGAUCUAUGAGAUGCUGGUUGGAGAGUCUCCAUUCCCGGGGGAUGAUGAGGAGGAGGUGUUUGACAGUAUAGUAAACGAUGAAGUCCGUUACCCACGAUUCCUGUCAUCUGAAGCUAUCGCCAUUAUGAGAAGGCUUUUAAGGAGGAACCCGGAGCGGAGGCUGGGCUCAGGAGAGAAAGAUGCUGAAGAGGUCAAGAAGCAGCCAUUCUUCAGGAACAUGGACUGGGAGGCUCUUCUUCUUCGGAAGCUUCCUCCUCCUUUCGUGCCCUCUAUCGGAGACAAAGAGGACGUCAGUAACUUUGAUGAAGAAUUCACAACGGAGGUGCCGUCUCUCACUCCGCCUCGAGAACCCCGCGUGCUCUCGCGCAAAGACCAGGACAGCUUCCGUGACUUUGACUAUGUCUCUGACCUCUGCUGAACUUCCUUGAAUGUCACAGGGAGGUUGAAGGCCACGUGGAAGUUGUCCACGAUCAUUCUGUUUUCUCUUCGACUGUGAUACCGGCGUAGCUAUGCCAUUACCACUACACUGUGACUCGGCGAAAAAUGAAGGGCAGGCCAUUGUGGCUGGCUUAUGUGUUUUAUGGACGCCAGAAUGACGUUUGCAGAGACUAAUGCUUGAUGAAUGUGUGAAGUUUUAUGCUGUAAUGGAGAAAGAAUUACGCAAAGGACAAGAAAUGAGAGGUGGAUAGUGAGAGAAUCAUGUGGACUCGGCAAGAGAGGAGGUGCUAAGGGCCAACUAGCAGAUUUCCAAUAUAAUGACAGAUAAAUGUGUAUUUUAAAGGAAAGUCUUUCUCCCAUACCACCUCUUUCUGUCUCUCACUUCUGCCUUUCACCUCAAAAUCAUUUAUUAAUGGAAGAUCAAGACAUUGAGAGCUUCCCUCCUUACCUGUGAGGUGUCUGAACCAAGUGAGACUUUUUACACACUGUGAUCUCUGAAAUGUUGCAAACGAAGAAUGAAAAUGCCUUAACUUUAUACUCUGUUCCUUUCAAAACUUUUAACUUUGAAGCAUGUUAAUCGAAGGAACUGAAAAGGUUGCCUUGAAUAGAUGGUGUGAUGUGAUGAAUAUAAAAGAACACAAUUGUAAGAAUCAUGAGGUUCUAAUCAUGAGAUCUAAGGUUUAUAUGAGCUAAUAUACAUGAGCAACAUUCACUGCUUAUUCUGGAUGUUUUUAGUAUUUUAGAAGAGCGGAAAAGGUGAAUUUGACAAAAUUGACCCUCAAAUAUGGCAAAAUCCAAGAAGACUCUUUGAACUAUGGAUGGUACCCACCAUUUUUCAACAUGAAACUCUAAGACUUAAAUGAGUUUAAAAUGGAGAAUUACUAUUCAUGAGAUUUAGUCAAGUGCAAACUUAAUUUGUGGUGUGAAUAAAAAGCCCAAAGGAUCUAAAA